GCAUAAAAGGCACACCAGAGCACACAGAACGCAUCCUUUAGCUGGAGGUACGAUGAAGGGAAACGGAGAGCUCAAGAGGCCGUGGGACACCUGUCGGGAGGUUCCUGUAAUUGAAGACGAGAACACACCUUGGAAGUUGAUAAAGCUUCUAAAGAUCAUCACUUUGUUUGCUGUUGCCAUCAUUGUGUUUGGAUUGGCAAUAUGUAGCAAGGCUUCUUUCCUUCUCCUCAUCACCUUGUCCCAUGAAGAUACAAAGACCCUCCAAGCAGAGCAGAAACCCCUCACACUGCUGUGUAUUGGCUGCUCUCUUAUUGCACCUACUGUUCUUUUGCUGCUGAAAAGCUUCUGGAAAGCAUGUUACAAAUCAUCAAAGCUGCCAAGAAAAUCAUCUGCAGCCCUGGUUUUGUUCUUCGAGUUCCUUGUUUCUGUGGGGUUAGCAGUGCUUACCAUUGUAGCAAUGCCACACUUGGACAUUGUAACCAAUGUGACCAUCCUAAACAGUGUAGCUGUCCUCUCUGCAUUUCUGCAAGCCGUCGCUCAGUGCACUGCCAAAAAGACGAACAUCUUCCUGCUGCCUUCCAUCAUCGCAAUCCUAUUUAUUUUUGUUGGUUACUACCUUUUCCUGGUCCUGUACAUUUUGAAAGACCCCACCGAUGUGAAGACAGCCAUCUGGGUGGGUCUUGCUGUUGGUGGGUUGAUCUUGGUAUCUUUCAACUGGUGGGAGAAUUACUUCAGGGUGAUCUGUGUGAAUAGCAAAUCCAACUUCCUCAAAAAUCUGUUUGAAGACUUGACCAAGAGUCAGAACAUGCUGCACAUCAUGUCCAGCUUACUGAGGAUUGUGGUCACUGCCUGUGUGCUUGGUGCCUAUGUUCCUCUGGCCAAGAUGGACUGGGACAUUGUGACCUCCAUUCCAAGCAGGGAAACAAGAAUUGUAGCCAUCAUCAUUGGGGUCCAGCUGAUCUCCUCUGCACUCUGCCAUUGGUUUGCUUUGGCAGCUUGUAAGAUGCAUGCUGUACGCCGAUGCUUCAUCGUGCCUUUGUACCUGGCUUCACUGGCUGUGAUGGUGCUGUUCAUCGUCCCUGUUAUUCUGGAUUAUCAGGACCACCAAUUAAUCUUGAACACAACUGAAAACAUCAACUUCACAAGGUACUGCGUUGAUGCUGUGAUUGUAAGAAAUCAAAGUCUGAGUGGUAACCUGUUCCCACAUCUGGUUUUGGAUGUUGCCCAAACACUCUGCUUCCUGGACCUGUCCAACACAGCCAACAUCGGCUUACUGACAGGUGCAGCAGCAUCAUGGUGGAUUGGUCUUGUGCUGGCUACUAUCCAUAUAUGGUUCUUUAAAAUUGAUCGUAUCCAGAAGACACAAGACUUGUUUGGUCGGAGACUCUAUGAGGGAGCCUUUAUUGAGCAGUCCUUACUCCUCAACACCCGUUUCAACACUGAGACCAGAAAACGCAAGAAGAAACAGAAUAAGGAGGAUGCCACUCCUGCUAUGUUGUAUCUUUGUGCAACAAUGUGGCAUGAAACCUAUGAGGAGAUGAUGAAUAUCAUGAUCUCAAUUUUCAGACUGGACCAGUACAGACCAAAGAUAGAACCUAAGUUUAAUGAUUUCACCUUUGAAGCUCAUAUCUACUUUGAUGACGCCUUUGAAAAUGCCAAAGGAAAUCAGGAUCGUCACCUGAACACAUAUGCAAAGGACCUUGUGCAAAUCAUCACAGAGGUUUAUGGCAUCUUCAAGAACCUUGAUAAAACAUUCUUUGGAGUACAGCAGCAAAUUCCGGAUCAGUCAAUCAUAGAGACGCCAUAUGGAGCCAGACUUGUUGUUGAAAUGCCUCAUGGGAAUAACAUUGUAGUUCACUUCAAAGACAAACAGAAAAUUCGGAAUAAAAAGAGAUGGUCUCAGGUUAUGUAUCUUUACUAUCUUUUGGGUUGGAAACUCAUGACCAAAUAUCACAGACGUUGGCAAAAGGGGUUUAAUGAAAAUGAUCUGAGGAAAGAGUUCCAGAGAGAGAAACACAACACCUACCUCUUGGCUUUGGAUGGGGACACAGACUUCCAACCAGCUGCUGUGAUGCUUCUCAUUGAUCGUCUGAAAAUGUAUCCCCGUGUUGGUGCAGCAUGUGGCAGAAUUCACCCCACUGGAUCAGGUCCUGCUGUUUGGUUCCAGAAGUUUGAGUACGCUGUCAGUCACUGGCUGCAGAAGACAGCUGAGCAUGUCUUUGGCUGUGUACUGUGCAGCCCUGGCUGCUUCAGUCUGUUCAGAGCAGAGGCGCUAAUGGACGAUAACGUGAUGAAGAAAUAUUCAACUAAAUCCACAGAGCCCAGCCACUACAUCCAAUAUGACCAAGGUGAGGACCGCUGGCUGUGCACUCUGCUUCUGAAACAAGGCUGGAGAGUGGAAUACAAUGCAGCAUCUGACGCCUACACCAACGCACCACAGGACUUUAAAGAACUGUACAACCAGCGGAAACGAUGGGGCCCUUCCACGAUGGCAAACGUUGUAGAUCUGCUCGGUUCCACCAACCUCGUUUCCAAGAAGAAUCCAUCAAUGUCCAAACCUUUCAUGUUCUACCAGCUGUUUGCCAUGAUUUCAGCCAUUCUUGCUCCGGCCACCAUCUGUCUCAUGGUUGCAGGGAGUCUGUCCUUCAUUUUGGAUAUACCUUCUGCUGCUGCUCUGGUCAUAGCUGUGAUACCUCCUGCCAUUUACUUGGGUCUUUGCUUUAAGCUCAAGGCAGACACUCAGAUCACUAUUGCAGCAGUGUUGAGUGUCAUGUAUGCAUUCCUUAUGAUGGUAGUGACAAUGUCCAUUAUUGCCUCAAUAAUGAAGGAACAGACCAUUCUGACACCCAGCAGCAUUUUCAUCGUGGCCAUGUCAGUAAUUUACAUUGUCACUGCACUGCUGCAUCCUCAAGAACUUCCUUUGCUGUUCUAUGGAUUACUCUACAUCAUCUACAUCCCAAGUGCCUACCUCCUGCUCACCAUCUACUCCAUGGUCAACAUGAACAGUGUCUCAUGGGGAACCAGAGAAACAAAACCUACUGCAGAAGCUGCAACAACUGCAGCCGCCAUCCAGCAAACUAAAUCACAAAAAGCAAAAAGUACCUUCAAACGACUUUGCUCCUGGAAGAAAUGUCAAAAAUCCAACCAGCGAGAAGAAGACAAUCAGCUUGGUGUGAGACAGGAGAUCCCAGAGCCUAUACAGCUUGAACCUCAACCCCAGAACAGUAUUGUGGAUGAUUUCCCCCAAAAUGAAGAGGAAGAGGAGACCAUUUUUGACUCUCCAGUUCAAUGUUGGAAAGCAGAAGUGGAGAGUUUGUCCAGCGACAUUCAGCUGCAGGUGGAUUCUCUUGAUGAGGAUGAGGACCAGUUUUGGAAGGAACUUAUUGAAAAAUAUCUGGAACCUCUGCAAAAUGACAAAGAAAAACAGGAAAAGACUAAAAAUGAGCUGCAAGAGCUCAGAAACAAGAUUAAUUUUUCAUACUUCUUCUUGAAUGCCCUGUGGCUGGUGGCAGCCUUCGUCUUUCAAGUCUUCAAGGUCUUUGACAUUCAGAUUGACAUUGUUGACUUGAACCUCAACGAAACUGGUGGAAAAUUCCAAAUUGAGCCAAUGAGCCUCAUGUUCAUCCUGGGCUUUGCUAUUUCAGUUUUGCUUCAGUUUAUUGGGAUGUUGUGCCACAGAGUCUUCACCAUCAUUCAUUAUGUGGCAUUUUUAGAAACGGAGCCAAAGCAACAGAAAUCUGCUGCAAUAAAACAGAAUGACUCCAUUUCCAAUGCAGAUUCAAGCUCAGGCUUUUCUUCCGUUACUGACUUGAACAACAUCACAAAGGAUGAAACUGAGCUUGAAUCAAGUGAUGGGUGGGACAGCGGUAACGACUCUCCAGAGUUGGACUCUGAGGACGGAACUGAGGAGGUUUAAGUUUUAAACAAGAUUUUCUUUUAACACUUUUGACACUUUGAUGUAUUUCCUGUUUGAUCAUUUGAAAUGAUGAUGCAAAGUAGGACACAUAUCAUCAAGAUAACCUCAAUAUGUAGUAUUUUAUUUAAUAUUGUGAUUUUUUAAAACUAUUUAAGACUUCUAAAAUAUAGUUCAUGCAACAGUGUUUUUUUUUAUGUUGUUCCAAAUGUUACUGUGUCAAGUGCAGACUGAGUCUGGAAGUCAGUGGUUAUUUAUUUUGAAUCAGUUAGUCAUUAAUUAAAGAUUAUUAACAUUGUUAAUGUUUAUUUUAUUCUUUUAUCUGCCAUUUUCAUUAGCACUGUAAUUUCAGUUUAUUGCAGCUUAUAGGAGGUAAAAACUGAAGGUUGAAUUGAUUUUGAAUGUAAAUUAAUUGAGGUGUUGCUACAGUUGUAAGUUAAUCAAGAAAGUUUUUCUGAUGAAUUCUGCUGGGAUCACUACUUGGACACAUACAGGUAUUACCUUAAAAAUAGUUUUGUUAAAGUGCAAAUACUGAAUUAUUUUAGUUGUUUUUACAUUGCUUUGUGUGACCAGGAAAUCAUGCACAUUGUUUACAAAUUUUAUUUCCUGUUGUCAUUUCAGUUUCUUCUUUUUCUGU